CUUGUUUUUCAUCCCAGUUUCUUGUUUGAUUUCCACUUUAACUGCGGCUUUAGCACCUUUUCCGUUUGCGCAUUACUUUAUUUUAUUUUUUACUGAAGUUUCUACGCAUGUUCGCCUCAUUUAUAGCUAAUGUUUUCCGCUGUUAACGCUCGUUUGAUUCACGUCUUUAAGUGAACACGUCGCCUCCUCUCUGCUGGAGGGGUUAGGGAGCCGUUACAAUCCGAACAGACGUUUCUGUAGCUAAGCUAAGCUAACCCGUGGUUCUCGCUGGGUUAUUGCGUCUCCAGCUCCGUUUGUGUCCGGGAGGGAACGGAGCAGGAUGGCUGGGCGGCUGGAGCACCCAGGGUACGACGAGGAGAAGCUGCGGAGAGUGUCGGAGCAGCUGCCCUGCAGAGAGGUCCAGGCUGGGGCGCUGCUGUCGCUCAUGGGGCAGCCCCAGCAGUACUGCUACCCUUCGCUCUUCAUCUACGGCCAUCGAGCUUCAGGAAAAAGUCAUGUGGUGAACACUUUAAUGAAGGAACUGGAGCUUCCUCACGCCACGGUCAGCUGUGUCGAAUGCAUCUCCGCCGCGCUGCUGUUUGAACAAGUGCUGCUGGCGUUCUUCGGCUGCGACGCCGCCUCGCUGCUCCCCCGCAGUCCCUCCCUCUCAGACUUUGUUCGCAUCUACAGACAGCAGGCCGAGCAGAGUCCUGCCGAGCAGACGCGAUACAUCAUCUUGGAGAAAGCUGAACUUCUGAGAGACGCCGAUGCCAAUCUUCUCCCCGCUCUCCUCCGUCUUCAGGAGCUGGUGGACGACAACGUCAGUGUGAUCCUGCUCAGCGAAAUCGUCUGGGACAAGUUCAGACCCAACACCGGCUGCUUUGAGCCUCUUCUGCUCCACUUCCCCGACUACAGUAAAGGCGAGCUGCAGCAGAUUUUAUCCAAGGACAGGCAUCCUUCGUAUUCAGCAGAGUUUUACUCCUCCUACGUCCACAUCCUGCUGGGGGUCUUCUACGCCGUCUGCCGGGAUCUCCGCGAGCUGCGGCACCUGGCGGCCCUCAACUUCUCAAAGUUCUGUGAACCCGUCGCAGCGGGGAAAGCGAAGGAGACGGACGCCCACAAGCUGUGGAAAAACAUCGAGCCUCAUCUGAAAAAAGCCAUGCAGACGGUUUACCUUCGAGAGGUUUCCAGUCUUCAGUGGGAGCAGAUGGAGGAGCACGACGCCGGAGCCCUGAGAGGUUUAUCGGCUCACACUCAUGUUGAGCUCCCCUAUUACUCCAAGUUCCUGCUGAUUGCUGCCUACCUGGCGUCCUACAACCCGGCCCGCACCGACAAGCGCUUCUUUGUAAAGCACCACGGUAAAAUAAAAAAAACUAACUUCCUGAAGAAGAAUGAAAAGACCAGCAACCACCUUCUGGGACCGAAGCCCUUCCCUCUGGACCGCUUGCUGGCCAUUUUUUACAGCGUGGUGGACAGCCGGGUCGCUCCCACCGCCAGCAUCUUCUCCCAGAUCUCCUCUCUGGUGACUCUGCAGCUGCUGGCUCUGGUCAGCCACGACGACCAGCUCGACACGCCAAAGUACAAAUGUGCCGUUUCCCUGGAUUUCAUCUCCGCCAUAUCCAGGACGGUGAACUUUGAUAUUGUGAAGUAUCUGUAUGAUUUCCUCUGAGGCUGCGGUGCGUGAAGGAGAGAUGACAGUAAGAUAAAGACAGAUUUAUUUCUGCAGGAACACGCUGCAGGACGAGUGUUGGACUCGCUGAGAGGCGGAGGGAAAGAAAUAUGUCGCUGCCACCUUGUGGCUAAUUGGUGACCUUGUUAUUUUGGUCGUGUUUGUGACCAAAUUAAACUGAUGUUCAAAAUAAAUACCAUGCUGCCGUC